AUGCACAUCGGCUCUCUUACCCACCGCUCUCUGGCCCUGCUCCUCGCGGCCCUCGCCGGCCACGAGGUCUCGGCGGCCCUGGACGGACACUGCCCACCCCUGGGGCCCGUGCUGCCGGCGCCGCAGAGAGCCAGCGCCAACCCGGCCGUCAAGAAGGGCCUCGCCGAUUUCAAGGCCGCGCUCGACAAGAUGACGGCGCCGCUGAACGUGUCGGCCGUCUCCGUCGGCGUCAAGACGCUGGGCGAGGAGGCGCCGCUGUUCGAGUACCACUUCACCCCGUCCAAGCUCGACCCCAAGGGCGUGCAGAAGGUGACCUCGGACUCGAUGUACCGCAUCGCGAGCACGUCCAAGGUCUUCCCCGCCUACGCGCUCAUGCUCAUCGACGGCGUCUUGUGGGAGGACCCCGUGACCAAAUACGUGCCGGAGCUGAGGGAGCUGGCCAAGCAGGCCGCGGCGCAGGACGCGGUGCACGUGGUGGACUGGGACGAGGUCACGCUCGGGGCGCUGGCUUCGCAUACCAGUGGUAUUCCGGUAGAUCUGGGAACGGACCUGACGGCCUUCAACCCGCCCUGGGAGAAGCUCGGCCUGCCGAAGCCCGACCCGGCAAACUCGCCGCAGUGCAGCGGCCUGCUCGACGGCAAACCGUGCACGUGGGAGGACUUUUUCACCAAGUUUGGCAAGCGGCCGCCCAUUUAUGCGCCCAACACUGCGCCCGUGUACUCCAACAUUGGCCCGGCCCUGCUCGGACUCGUGGUGGAGCGGGUGAGCGGGCUCAAGUUUGAGGACUUUGUGCAGCAGAAGAUCCUGGACGCCCUCGGGAUGAAGCACACCUCUGCGUUCAAGCCGGACGACAAGCUCGGUGUCAUCCCCGUGGACGACCAAUGGUGGACCUCGCUGCUUGGGUUCGAGAACGCCUCCGGGAGCUACUACUCGUCCACCCACGACCUGCUGGCGCUCGGCUCCGCCAUCCUCGGCUCCAAGCUCAUCUCCCCGGCCAAGACGCGCCGGUGGCUCAAGCCCUGGACGUCCUCGUCGUCGCUCGGCACCUUCAUCGGCACGCCCUGGGAGAUCUACCGCGUGCAGAACGUCACCAGGGACGGGCGCCUCAUCGAGCUCUACACCAAGGGCGGCGACAUCACGACCUACCACGCGGCGCUCAUCAUGGUGCCCGACUACGACCUCGUCGUCUCCGUCAACGUCGCCGGGCCCGAGGUCGGCGGCUUCGUGCAGCUCAUCCAGGCCACGGCCACGACGGUGCUCCUGCCGGCGCUCGAGCAGGCGAGCAAGGACGAGGCGGCCGUGUCCUUCACGGGCACGUACGCCGACAGGGCGACCAACUCGUCCAUCACGCUGGCCACCGACGACGCGCCGGGCCUGCGCGCGACCAACUACACGGCGCGCGGCGUCGACGUGCUGGCCAACUACCUGCGCAUCGGCAUCGUGCCGACGGAGCCGGACCCCAGCGUGCUCGUGCGCCUGCGGCUGUACCCGACCAACCUGCGCAGCGGGAGGCAGGCCGGCUGGCGGGGCGUCUUCGACCUGUUCACGCCCGAGGAGGUGGCCGCGUCCGACGCCAGGUACCCCUGGCCGCAGAACGGCUGCAUCGCCUGGGGCACGAUGGACCGGCUCGUGUACCAGUACGAGUCGCUCGACUACUUUGUCUUCAACGUCGAGAAGGGCGCGGACGGGGCGCCGGUGGCGACGAGCAUCGAGCUGCCUGCUUACGGGCUGACGUUGACGAGGCAGUAG